AUGUCGCAUGAAGAGAUUUGGGAUGAUACAGCGCUUGUGCGCUCUUGGGACGAGGCAGUAGAGGAAUAUAAUCUUUAUCAUAGCAUUCAUGCGCGAGGGGAGAAUGUGGAGGAAGUCUUGGACCGCGCCGAGAAGGAAGGUGUUGAUGCCGUUGUAGCUGGGAUGGAGAAGUUGCAAGAGUCUAUGGAUGUGGCGGAGGACGGUGAUGCUGCUGCACAAGAGGAUGUUCAAGAAAAUAUGACGAUAUCGGAUGAGCCCCGAGUCCAGACAGGGCCGUCAAUUUCUGCCGGCAUAGUACCACCGACUGCUGGCGGCGCACCAACUGCGCCUGAUGCAUUACUAGGACAAGUCCAAGAUCCAGCUCUGAAGAAUCUGAUGAUGGCCUGGUAUUAUGCAGGUUACUACACGGGUCUCUACGAAGGUCGACAACAAGGAGCCCAGACUGAUGGUGCCAGCAACCAGAAAUGA